AACUAAAAAAUGAACCAGUGAAAAUCUGUUUCUCAAAGAAAAUCAUGACUUUGAGCAUUUUCUAUUAUUGAAACCCAAUUUUAAUGAAUUCAGUGUUAAAUUCCAUAGUUACGAGUAUCCAUUCACACAUUGAAUGAUUGAUACCAUUAUUUUUCGUUGUAAUAAUGCAAUCGUAAACACGUAAAUUGGUGCUUGAAUCAUAUGAUGCAGUCAAUUGAGUGAUUUGAGAAGACGAGAAGUUAGACGAAUGGGCGGAGUUUAGUUAAUUUUUGUCUUCAGCAUUCCUAAUCAUCAGAAGUGAAUUUUGUUGUGACUGGUGUGAGUCACGGUGACGAGACAAUUGUCAUUAGAGAACAGAGGGUGACUUAGUGAAGGCUGUUUUACUCCUAGAAUCUGCAGUAGUCGGCGUCGUCAGAUAACUUUCGCGAGGUGAAUACUCAAACAAUUGGUAAUUACUGAGAAUGGCCAAUUGUUCCAGCAACGGAGAGGACGCGGAGAUGGUGGAAAUUGGUAUGGAUGGAGAUGAUGUUGAUGAGGAGGAGUCAGAUGGUGUCACUGUACCAGAGCUACAGGGAACGAUGUCCAAAUGGACAAAUUACAUACAUGGGUGGCAGAUACGUUUCAUUGUUUUGAAAGAUGGCACGUUGUCCUAUUAUAAGUCGGAGCAGGACAGUGGCUUUGGCUGUCGCGGCUCGAUCAGUCUUUAUAAAGCUGAUAUUAAGGGUCAUGAGUUUGACGAGUGUCGUUUUGACGUAUCGGUGAAUGAUUGUCUGGUAUGGUAUCUCAGAGCGAAUUCUCCGGAGGAGAAGCAACGUUGGGUUGAUGUAUUAAAAUCGUACAAAGCUGAAUCAGGAUAUGGGAGUGAGAACAGUUUAAAACGUCAUGGAAGUACAGUCUCCCUGAUAUCGAAUACUCAGUCCACAACGAGUGGUGGAAGUUUCAGCAAACGCAUCUCACGAAGUUUGAAGGAAAAGUUGAAUGAACUGGAGACAUUUAAAGACAUCCUGAGCCAGCAAGUUGAUACACUCCAAAAAUAUUUUGAUAAUUGCGCCGAAAAUGCCAAAAAUUCGGGAAAAACAGAUAAAACCGAUUUGUUCGAUCCAGCUCUGCAGUCUGUGGAUUUUAAGGGCGAGGCUAUCACGUUCCAGGCGACCAGCGAGGGUGUGCUAGCGACCCUCCAACACUGCGUGGAGUUGAUGAAUCAACGUGAGGACGCGUGGCGGAGGAAAUUGGAGAAGGAGACAGAGAAGAAACGUAAGAUGCAGGAGUUGUAUAGGGCAUUGAAGGAGCAGAUGAAUGUGCAGAAAGGGGAUACUACCAGGCCCAGGGUGGUUAUUCAUGGUGGCCCUGAUUAUGAGGAAGGUCCGCAUAGUGCUCUGUGCGACGAAGAGUUCUACGAUGCUGUUGAGACGGGACUGGAUAAGCUUGAUGAGGAUAAUCAAUUGCGAGAUCGUUUAAAGAAAAAAUCAGUUUCCGUCGCAUUGAGUCCAGUGACGGAAGCUAAAAGUCAUAAAUUGUGGCCUGAGAUCGAAAAAGUCACUCUCGAACAACUGCACUAUGCUCGUUUGGGUGUGGGCGGUGCAGGUGGCUGGCAAUUAUUUGCCGAGGAUGGUGAGAUGAAGAUGUACAGGCGCGAGGAGGAAGCAGAUGGUCUUGUAGUGGACCCGCUGAAAGCUUGCCACAUGGUGAAGGGUGUAACAGCACGAGAAGUCUGCGAAAUCUUUUUCAGUCCCGAGUACAGGAGCGGCUGGGAGGCUACCCUUGAGGACAUGACUGUUGUCGAGACAAUUGCUAGUGAUACAUUAGUCUUUCUGCAGACGCACAAAAGAAUUUGGCCGGCUAGCCAGCGGGACGCACUAUUCUGGUCUCAUAUACGAAGUGUAGCUGAUAGUGAGGAUCAGGAUGCCGCUGAUUUGUGGAUUGUUUGUAAUCAUAGUACGGAGCAUCCCCAAUAUCCGCCAAAUUCUGGAAAAUGUGUGAGAGUUUACCUGACAGUCUGUCUGGUUUGCCAAACAUUCAUUGAUCCACCAAAAGAUCCGAAGAACAUACGCCGAGAAGAUCUGACGUGUAAAAUUACCUACUGCUCUGUUGUGAAUCCUGGUGGUUGGGCACCAGCUACAGUCCUCCGUGCUAUCUACAAGCGUGAGUAUCCGAAAUUCUUGAAACGCUUCACCAGUUUCUGCAUUGAUCAAUGCAAAGACAAACCAAUUAUGUUUUAAUGAAAAACAUUAAGCUACAUUAUUUCGUAUUUUUUCAUCGUUCCUUCGAUUAAUCAGCAUUAUACUUUAAUCUGCAAUUUUUACUGAUCUGUCGCUAUAUAAGUGUAAAUUUUAUCACAAAAUUGGUGAAUGCGAAAGACGAAACUUGUACAAAAUGAACAAGAAAAAGAGUAAAUAACAAUGAAGAUAAAAAUUCAUUGAGGAUCAUUAUCCAUUGUUACAUUCUGCCAAUUACAAUUAUAUUCGCCUCUGUAUAAUACUGGAGACAAAAAAAUACAAUUUAUAUUGUUACUUUUAUUUAUACAAUGAAAAAAACUGUGGAAAGAGGAUUGUGUAAAAUUGUGAGCAAAUAAUGAAUGAAACCUAAUAAAGACUGUUCUAGAUUUA